CGUUGCGGUCAAUGUAAAGCCAUUAUCUUGUGCUCAAAGGAGGUAAGUGCCUCAAGCAAAUGGACCAACACUUCUAUCAACGCCCGCUGCAGUGCAGCAAGUACUAUUGGAACCAUGGUGCUCGCGGAGUGGCACAGAUCCAGCUCACGCACAAGCAGCUUUGUGCCGAUAACAAGCGGCACAUGGAGAGGCUGCCAGAGACACAGGCCAUCAUCCGUAUGUUCCCUUGGGGCCGCCUGGAAACGGAUGGUACUUUCAACCUCGACAUCGCGCGUGCGCGCUUUGACGUCCUCGGGAGUUCCGGCUACGGCUACUGGUCCCAUCGCGGGGGGCAAGCGCCGCACGCGGAGAUGGGUCCGCUUGGUGCCGGCAGAGACAUGACAUACGGCGGACUGGUCAAGGUAGAGAAUUUCAUCGAUGGGAACGACUUGCUCAGGAAGAAGCACCUGACGGACGAGCAAGGCUGGAAGCUGCCUUCGCGUCUCAUCCCAUACCUCGACUUUGGACAUUCCGCUGCUAAGCAACCUGUCCUCGUCACUGAUCUUCCGGAGGAAAUCAGUGACUGGCGCAGUUGGUAUAAAUGGCGCGGCCUGCCGCUGGACUCUCCCGCGGCACUCUUGAUGGCGGUCCCUUUGAGUGUCUACCAAAUGCUCGUGCGCUGCCUCGAGAUCACGAAGCCCGCGGCUGGGUCGGCAGACAAGCGUGUGUCGCUGAAUAUGGAAAUGAACGUUAACUCUUGGAACAGAUUCGCAGAACUCGCCUUACUGCUCCCGUACCACGAUCUCAAGGUCGUCCUCUUCGGCGGCGCAGUCAAAGCCCUCGUCGAAGCCCCCGCAAAAUCCCCGGCGCCCUCGCCGCCCAGAACCCGCGCCGUAAGCGUACACCUGUCCGGCGAGCAAAAGCACUGGACGCCCGACUACGACGGCAAGCCCGAUGCACUCGUCGCUUGCAACGCAGGUCUGGGCUCCUACGGCGAAUGGAUCCCGUCAUCCGCGCGCCUGAUCCCGCAGUGGCUGGCAGGCAUGCCGGGUUGCACUCCGCGCGAGGACUACCCGAUUGCACUCAACCCAUUCCAGCGGCCUGGUCAGAGGGGGCUUGCGGUUGUCCGCAUGCCCAAUGUCUCGAACGGCUUCACUAUGACCAUUGUCAAAAAGUGAUGGUUUGCAUUCCCGCUCAGUGGAUCGCAUGUGCGGUUCGUCCAUUGGCGUGAGAUCUACUCUGUAACAAAUGUGCUGUAUCUCUAUCGAUCAUGUAUCCCUUGUACAUAUGUAAAUUCAGUGCUCAAUGCAUGCCGACAUCAGAGUUAAUUGAGCGUGGACGGUCGG